CGGGACACAGUCGCGGUCCUGCGGGCUGAGGAGCGACGGAAACUUCACUGCCGAAACAUGUCCGACGACGAGCAAGAGCAGACCAUAGCCGAGGACCUGGUGGUCACCAAGUACAAGAUGGGGGGCGACAUCGCCAACCAGGCUCUGCGUCUGGUCAUGGGAGCAGCCACGCCUGGGGUGUCUGUUCUCAGCCUCUGUGAGAAGGGGGACGCGUACAUCAUGGCUGAGACCGGAAAGGUCUUCAAGAAGGAGAAGGAUAUGAAGAAAGGCAUUGCCUUUCCCACCAGCGUCUCAGUCAAUAACUGUGUUUGCCACUUCUCUCCCCUGAAGAGUGACUCUGAAUACACACUAAAAGAUGGGGAUCUGGUCAAAAUAGAUCUGGGGGUUCAUGUCGAUGGCUUCAUUGCCAACGUAGCUCACAGCUUUGUUGUUGGAGCCAGUAAGGAGAACCCCAUCACAGGACGUAAAGCUGACGUAGUCACAGCGGCUCAUCUCUGUGCAGAAGCAGCUCUGCGCCUGGUUAAACCCGGUAACAAGAACACUCAGGUGACAGAAGCCUGGAAUAAGAUUGCUCAGUCGUUCAAAUGCUCACCUAUUGAGGGGAUGCUGUCUCAUCAGCUGAAACAACAUGUCAUUGAUGGAGAGAAGACCAUAAUCCAAAAUCCGUCAGACCAGCAAAGGAAAGACCACGAGAAGGCGGAGUUUGAGGUACAUGAAGUUUUUGCUGUUGACGUUUUGAUCAGCACUGGAGAAGGGAAGGCCAGAGAUGGAGGUCUGAGGACCACCAUUUACAAGCGGGACCCCAGUAAGCAGUACGGCUUGAAGAUGAAAACCUCCCGAACGUUUUUCAGUGAAGUGGAAAGACGCUUUGAUGCCAUGCCUUUCACUCUCCGGGCAUUUGAGGAUGAGGCUAAAGCCCGUCUGGGUGUGAUGGAGUGUGCCAAACAUGAGUUGUUACAGCCCUUCAGUGUACUGCACGAGAAAGAGGGAGAGAUUGUAGCUCAGUUUAAAUUCACAGUGCUGCUCAUGGCCAACGGGCCUCACAGAAUCACCAACGGACCCUUCAAUCCAGAGUCCUACAAGUCAGAGCAUGAAGUUCAGGACCCAGAGCUGAGGACUUUACUACAGAGCUCUGCAAGCCGUAGAACACAGAAGAAAAAGAAAAAGAAGGCUUCAAAGACGGCAGAAAAUGCAACUGGUCAGCCAGCUGACACCGAAGCAGCAGGAUAAAUUGUACUAAUUACACACUGCCUUUCAACACAUGCAAGACCACACAGAGAAGCAAGAGAAGACACAACAAACUGCUCCACACUGUCUGUCAGUCAUUCCCCCUAGUGUUAAUUACACCAAUUAAACUGAGGAAUUCAUGAAAAAUGUUGGUAUUGAAGGAUCUUGCGUGGACGACAUGUUUAACCCUUUGCAGCAUUGAAGAAAAACAUGAUGCAUUCUCGCCUAAUUUAAACAGGAAUUAAAGACUAUUUGCAAAUCAUUUAGAAUUGACAUGUUGCCAAAUGAUAAAUGUGUAAAUUGAGCCAGGUUUUGUAAAUUUAAAAAUGUCUUGGUUCUCUUCAUGUUUGAACUAUUUGCAGAAGACAUUUAGUUUUCAGUAAAACCGAAGCUUCCCCAGUGUUUUUAUGGGAGUUUGUGUUAUUGACACCAAACUGAGUAAAAGGUUAGUUAAUAGAUAAUGGUGUCAUAUUUGUUAUCUCAUUGUCAAGACAUCUGUUUGUCUGAGUUCACGAGGGACUCACUGUUUCUUCAAUGUGACAUUUCAACUGAAGUACUGCAUGUGCUUUUCCAUUGGCAACAAAGUUAUUUUUAUUUGUAUGUUUUUCAAACAAUAAUUUAAAAUUAUACUUGAUCUUAUGUUUUAUUGGAGGUUAAACGAUUCACAUACUUUUGUGUGUGAAUCAGUAAGGAUGAUAUUACAUUGUUAAAGACCAAAAGCAUUUCAUAUGUGUCUUAAUCUAAAUUUGUCUUGAUCACACCAUGCAGUAAAGGGUUGAAUCGUGAAUUUGUCCCGAUGAUGAACAACGGCAACUCCAUAAAUGUAACUCAACAUUGAAAAGGAAUGUAUUACACAAGUUUGUUUUGCUACAGAGUUAGUUGUAGUGAGGGAUUACAUUUACCCUUCUAUCAUCAUGACCUGAUGACAUGUUUUGAUGAAACUAAAAGUUUUAGUCACUAGAUGUUUUUAAGGUAAUAACCCGAGCAGAAGACUAGAAUAUUUAACUGUAAAAAAAACACACACACACACACACACAAUUGUCAUGAUUUUUGACUUACAGGAAUAAUAUGCUACGUUUACUGCCAUUUCCCUUUAACUUUAUGAAAAGGUAGAAACCUUCAAGUUCCAGUUUUGAGAGCCUUUUCUAUUUGUGAUACAUCAUUCAUAUUGUGACACCUGAGAACAGAAGCUAAGCUGGACCAGUGACAAAUCCUCUAAGGUCGGAGCUUCAUCUAAAGAACAGUGACUGUGUUGAGUUGGGUUUGUCAACAGUUCAAGGUGUCAAGAAAAGUGAAAUUCUGCUUUGUUUGGUCAGUGGUUGAUGGAACUUUACAUCGAAUGAAAUAAAAACAUUUUCAUAGGUU